AGCCAGCGGCCCCGCGGAGGGGCAAGCGGGGCCAUGGCCGAGGCGGCCCAGCCCAGUGGACAGUCCCAAGGCUCUGCAGUCAAAGCUCAGCAGCCCAAGGAAAGGGUCACAUCUGGACCUACGAGGCGGGGCCCGCGCUCUGUGCUCAAAGUGUCCCAGCUGCUGCUCCGGGCCAUCACGUCGCACAAGGGGCUGACUCUGGCUGUUCUCAAGAAGGAGCUCGGAAACGCUGGCUACGAAGUGCGCAGGAAGAUUGGCCGCCCCUCCAGAGAAACCUCCAAUUCUGAGGUUAAGGGCACGCUCCUGCGGGUCAGUGGCAGCGACGCCGCCGGCUACUUCAGGGUCUGGAAGAUUCCGAAGCCCAAGAGAAAGUUGGGGCGCCCUAGGAUGGAGGAGUACGGCCAUUCCCCCAGGAGGAUCCCACCCGGGUCCCGGAACUCGCGGAGGCGCCCCACGCGUCGCAAACAGGCGAGGAAAACCAGGGAAGCCUGGAGACCCAGGAGGGUAACGGCGAAAGCGAGAAGGGGGAGGCAAAAGACCAAGGAGCCGGUGCGUGCCAGAUCCAAGGAAGAAGCGGGGGUCAAGGUGAUGGACGAGGGGAGAGGGCGGACCCUGAAGGAGGACAUCAGGCCUAGGUCACGAGAAGAGAAGAGGCCAAGCUCUAAGGUCAGAGUAGAGAGGCAGCAGGAAUCCGAGAAACUGGGAAAACGGACCAUCCAGAAGCCAACCGCGGUUAAAACCGACCGUACUUUUACCCGGCAGGGGAAGACGGGCAUGAAGACCUGUAGUAAAUCCGAAGGCCUUCGGGUUGUAACCGGGAAUCCUUAA